UGGAUUAAACAAAAGGCUCACUAAUCUACUACAUCAGAACAAAUUUUAGUCACCCAAAAGGCCAAAACUUAAAACUCUCUUUGCUGAAGUAUUAAAAAUGCUACAACGCCGCAUCGGAGCAGCCGCCAUUUCUGCCGCCCGCCGUUUUUCAGCGGCGGCAGAGGCUUUACCGGCGGAAUCCUCCGGCAAGAAAACCACCGUAACCCCGGCAGCAGAGACUUUGACGUCGGAAUCUUCCGGCAAGAAAACCACCCCAACAACCUCUUCUUCUUCUUCAAGUGGAGGCAGAGAUACACUGGGAAGAAGGCUGCUCGCACUGAUACACCCAAAACGCAGCGCAGUGGUCACUAUUCGUCAAUGGAAAGAGGAAGGUCAUACUGUUCGCAAGUAUGAGCUUAAUCGUAUUGUUCGUGAGCUUCGUAAACUCAGGCGCUUCAAACAUGCCCUUGAGAUUAGUGAAUGGAUGAGAACUCAAGAAGAUAUCAAGCUGUUGUGUGGAGAUUAUGCUGUUCACUUGGAUUUGAUUGCUAAAAUCCGCGGCUUGGACAGUGCUGAGAAGUUUUUUGAAGAUAUACCUGAAACAAUGAGAGCUGAACCUACACUUUCUGCACUGUUGCACACCUAUGUACAGCAUCGUGCCUAUGAUAAAGCUGAGGCACUGAUGGUUAAGAUGGCAGAAUGCAGUUAUGUGAGCUCCCCCCUUCCUUAUAAUCACAUGAUGUCCAUGUACAAGGAGAUUGGAAAAUUGGAGAAGAUUCCUGAGCUGAUGAAAGAAUUGAAAAAAAAUACAAAACCAGAUAUUGUCUCAUACAAUUUGUGGUUAACCACAUGUCAGUUUCAGAACGAUAUUAAAACUGCAGAAAAUGUUUUCCUUGAAAUGAAGAAGGCCAAAAUUGAACUUGAUUGGAUGACAUUUAGCAUACUGACCAGUUUGUAUACUAAGAAGGGAAUGAAUGACAAAGCUGAGUGUUCUUUGAAGGAAAUGGAGAGCAGGAUAUCCCGCAAAAAUCGUUCUGCAUAUUCUUCUCUUAUCAGUUUGUAUACAAAUUUAGGAAAGAAAAAUGAAGUCUAUAAUACAUGGAAGAAGAUGAAGUCAGUGUUCCGCAAAUUGAAUGAUUCAGAAUACACCUGCAUAAUAGCUUCCCUCAUAAAGCUCGGGGAACUGAAAGAUGCUGAGAAAUUUUACGAUGAGUGGGAGUCAGUUUCGACAAGUGGCGACUCCCGUGUCCCUAAUUUACUCAUUGGAGCCUACAUCAACGCAAACCAGAUGGAAAAAGCUACUGAAUUUUUUGAUCGAUUUACACAAAAAGGCAUUAAGCCUAGUUACACCACUUGGGAGCUUCUCACUAGUGGUUAUCUUAAACUGAAGCAGGUAGAACAAGUUCUUGACUGUUUCAAAAAAGCCGUCACCAGUGUCAAGAAAUGGGAACCCAAUUUGACAUUCAUCCAUGAGAUUUACAAGCUUUUAGAGGAACAGGAGAGUAUCAAGGGAGCUGAAGGUAUGCUUACAGUGCUUCGUAAUGCUGGGUAUGUAACAACAGAGAUCUACAACAUGUUGCUCCGAACUUAUGCAAGUGCUGGGAAGAUGCCACCUAUAAUUGAAGAAAGGAUGACAGAGGACAAGGUUUUGUUAAAUGAAGAGACCAAGGAACUCAUCCGACUAACAAGCACGAUGUGUGUUGCUGAUGUUUCAAACUGUUUAUCUUGAGCUUUAGCAAACUUGGUCUUUUUUUUAAAAUGCAACAAGCAAAGAAGUGUCGUGGUCACGGCCUAAAUCAAGUUAAAAGUUAGAGUGAUGCAUCUGGCAAGGUCACUGAAUGUGCUUGAAUUGAAAGCAUCUGCAGCAAGAACAGUUGAUUGAUCAGCAUUUGAGGGCUGAAAGAAUGCAUGACUUAUGCAGAUGCAGUUGAAGAUAGCAAUUGAAAGUUUGGUACUCGAGCUUCAUGCUUUAUUAUAUUUUCAGAUCUAUGUCUAUGCUUUUACAGGUAUACAACCAAUACAAUACUCUAGUUAUCUGAUUGAGAAUUGCUUAAGCUACUGAGUGCCGAUUUUGAUGGUGAAAUUGAAGUUUGGACGAUUAAAUCAGUGAUAUUAUUUACUGAUGAUCUUUGUUCCA